AAGUUUGCAGAGCGCAGUUGUUCCCCAUCCAGUGUGGUGCAGUGUUUGCAAAUACCUUGAACGAGAGCGAGAGAAGAAGGAAAGGGGGGGAUUGACUGGCUGACUGACGCGCGGAGUCUUCUUCUGCUGCUGUUGCUGAGUACAAGUCGUUUGCAUCGCGGAGGGAUCGCUGCUGUGUCUUUCACUGGGUUUUCUACCUGAGAAAAAUAUAUUUAAGUGCAGCUAAAACAAAUUUAAAUAAUAAAAAAUCACAAGCUCGGGGAAAAAUGGAUGUUCUACCCAUGUGCAGCAUCUUUCAAGAACUUCAAAUAGUUCACGACACGGGCUAUUUCUCAGCCUUACCGUCACUGGAGGAGUACUGGCAGCAGACGUGCUUGGAGCUGGAGCGCUACCUGCAGAGCGAGCCUUACGUCUCCACAUCCGACCUCAAGUUCGACAGCCAGGAGGACCUCUGGAGCAAGCUGAUCUUGGCCUGCGGGGAUAAGGCCAAGGCCGAGUCUGACCCAAAGGCCCACGAGGAGGACAAUCAGGACAGCCAAAUCUUGGAAACCAACAGUGUGAAUUCAGACGCCAGCAGCGAGGCUUCAGACAGUUCUGAGGAGCUCUCGCCCACUCACAGCUUUACCUCCAACCCUCUGGGCUCUGUCUUGGUUGGCUCUGGACCUUUUAGCCCCUCUGUCAUUAGCACACCUCCGUCCUCUCCCGAGACCAACUCGGAGGCCAGCGGCGCGAUGAGCAGCUGGGUGAGCACGCACGCCGAGUUGCACUUGCCUGUCAAAAUCAGGAGCGGCGGCGUGGCAAAGAGCUCGGAAAAGACGGGACUUGCCUGCGGAGACGCAUCUCCGGACGGCAGGAGGCGUGUGCACAGGUGCCACUUCAACGGGUGUCGCAAGGUUUACACAAAGAGCUCCCACCUAAAAGCACACCAGCGCACACACACAGGUGAGAAACCAUACAGGUGUUCGUGGGAGGGCUGCGAGUGGCGUUUUGCACGAAGCGACGAGCUGACCAGACACUUCAGGAAGCACACCGGGGCAAAGCCAUUUAAAUGCAGUCACUGUGACAGAUGUUUCUCCAGGUCUGACCAUCUGGCUCUUCACAUGAAGAGACACAUCUAGAGUGGGGUGAGCGCCGAGCAACGCCACAAAGUGGGGGGAAAAAAAAGUUUUGAAAAGGGGAGAGGAAAGAAAAAAAAAUGUAAACAAUCGCCGCCUCCCGACCAGUCUCUUGGUUGAACUGUCCCAGAGCAGGGUGGCGGGAGAGUGUUCCAGCCAAAGCAUGCCGUUUUGCACCAUACUGAAACCCAGUGCCUCCGGGACCUCUCUUCGGAGAAAGGCGCUCUGAAGGUCGUCUGUUGCAACAAGAGGACAAAAUCAUGGAUGGGCAAGUUUUUUUUGUCGGGUUUUUUCUUUUUGUUUUUUUUUUGGAUUGAGAAGGACUUAAAACACACACAGACACACACAAAAAGACAAAAAAACUAAACAAAAAAACCAGAAGAAAUAAAAAGAAAAGACAAUUAAAGAGUGAAUGAUUUGUACGUAUGGUGCAUGAUGUUUUGGGGACAUCUCCCAGACAGCAGAUACACUGGUACUUUACUAAACUGUCUGAGGCAAGCAUGUGUGCACUGUGAAUGUCUGCGAUUGGCUACCGGACCCUCCUUCUCCCCAUCUGGAAGAGAGAGGAGAGGAAGAGGAGAAUUUUGGGGGGUAGAAGAGAUGGGAUUGGCGGAUGGGCUGGUACCGAUGUUGCUGUGGACUGAAUGGGGAUUCUGGGAGAAGCAUUCCGCUUGUGUUUCCCUGGUGGCGGUGUGAGGAUGAGGCAGGGAGGAAGCUCCUGCCUGCCUGCCUGCCUGUCUUGUGUGGUAACCAGACUUGGGUGAGGGAGGGGGCCCCGCCCUGCUUCUCUGAAGCUAGCGAGGCCUUGGGUUUGACCAGAGCGAGUGACAAAGAGAGAGAGAGAGAGGUGCUGACAUGUCACCUUCUGGUCUGUGUAACCCAGGGACCAAAACACCCCCCUACACCCCUCCCCUCUCUUGGUCACUGUAUGACAGGAGCUUUUUUUGGUGUUUUUGGUGCAGCUACUAAAUGUGCAAUGUGUUAUGUAGCCUGGUUUAUUAUUUUUUUACAAGCUACAAAGCUCAUUUGUAGUCCAAUUGUAUAAGCUGUGUGCUUAGAGGUAUAACACAACUAUACUAUAACUUCAGUAUCAUAGACAGGUGUUGCAUGGUUCUAGGGUUUCUUCAUUUCCUGUUUCCACUGUAAUCAGGACUCCAGAUAGUUUCAAUAAAAGUGCAGCUAAACGGCAAACAGUUAAAUGUUACAAUAUUGUACAUAAAGCCUUGACGAUUUCUUUUUUUUUUCUUUUUUUUAAAAAAUAUUUUAACACUUUCAUCCAUUGCCUUCAUUCUGGUUUGUCAGAUCACCCCUGCUUGCUAACGUUCUCAUUCAUUCUUUGCCUUGAGGAGUCAUUUUGGAUUUUUUUGUACUUUCUUUCCAAUAAUGCACUGUUGACCUUUAAUGGUGCCUUAUGCAAGUGACUCGGCCCUCUGGGGUAGCCGUGGUUUUGCUCCCUUUGGGGUGUCACAUUUGUUGUCUGGGUGAUUUGCGAAAAGCUUAAUCAAGGCUCAAUUACAAAUGAAAUUGCACCUACUUUGUGUUUAAACUAGUUUUUUUCUGGCAGUUAAUUUGUUGUUUAAAUGUAAAUGUUCACAAAAGUACCUUUUCUGAGUCAACUGCCUUUUUUUCCCGUCUCUUUUUGAGUCGGAGCACCAGUUUAGUCGAUGUAAAUGCCAUUAAUUUAAGUUUGAACUUGUACAUAGGACAAAUGCUGUAUGUUUAGAGCACUUAAAUUCAUUUAUUAAAGAUGUUAACUACUGUGUAGUAUGUACUGAAGUCCAUCACACACAGUGCUGCUCCUCUCAUUCACCGGUGUCCUUCCCCACCCCACCCCGGUUUGACCACCCCCCUUUCCUUGUCCCUGCAUCCCUUCGAGUGGGACUGAAGGGGGGAAAAAAAGCUAAAGAUUUAUUGUAAUUAACAGGCUGCAGUCGGACAGGCCUCGCCUUGUACCGCCUCACAGUAAUGAAUUGCUAAAGGCUUUGUUGGCAUGGAAUCUGUCACAGACUGCUGACUGUGUAGGUUGGUUAUUGACCUGUCUGGAGAGCUUUGUUUUAGCCAAGCUGCAACAGUAUUAUGAAAACCACAGGAGUGAGCCUGGUGGGGUGAAUGGAGGCUCUCAGGAUCUGGGAAAUUUGGCCACAAACAAAGCUCAUCAAAGUUUCUGUUUGGAGGUGGAGGGAGAAGGACCCUCAACAACAAGGUAGAGCCCAACCCCCCCGACUCCCAAACCGCUCGGGCUUCUACCGAUUACUGCUUUAGGAUAAAUCUUUGUGCGGCACUGUCUCCAGGUCAGCGACCCGGCUGCAGGAAUCCGAUGUCGCAGCAAGUUGCAGAGCGGCAUGCUCCGACAUAUGGAUUUCAGAUGAGCGGGCACUGGAGACGGGGAUGAGUACAAACUUGAAAGUGCUUGCUGCGAUAGAUUUUGGGAGCGCUGGCAAGGCCUUUUGCGGGCAAAGAGCAGGAACAUCCAUUCUGCGAAAACAGCAGCCGAUACUGUUCCAAGUGAUAAUUGAGCCUUGAUUCAGCCUCAUGCUUUUUUUUUUUUCUUCUUCUUGUCUUUGCUCGCAUUUCUUUUUUUCACAUCUCCAUCAUCACUUUCAUCUCCACUACCCAAACUACUCUGUCUCACACACACACACAGAGCUCUUUGUUCUCAACUGAAUCUUUGUAUUAAAAAAAAGGAAAAAAAACUUUUGUAAAAUUGUUAUGUUUAUGCUUUAUGAAAUUUUUAUUUGAAAUUGUUUUGCAAAAUUGUUAUAUUUCUGUAUGAAUGUAUUUUUUAUUGGAAUAAGAAAUUCUUAUCUGACCUUG